ACAUCUAUAAAGCCACCCAACAACAUCCGCACUUUCCUGCUCGAGCAGAGCAUCCUCACGUCGAUGGCCAGCGAACAGCCACGAGACUCUCAUCGCACUCAAGAAGAGGAACCUCAAUCGUCAACCGUCACCUCCAACCACGAAGCCGAGUCCCAGCCCGGUCAGCCCGCCGUGCUACUCACAAUUCCCGGCAUUGGUCAAGUGCUUCUCACACUGGACCAGAUCGCUCACAUCUUGAACAAGACGCCGGAAGAGGUAGAAGUUCUACUCUCGUGCGAGGACUCUACCAUCGAAGCCGACCUUCAAUCAUCGCAAGAAUUCAACAGACUCGUUCAGAAUGGCACCUUCCCUACCAGCUAAGGUACUCCUCCUCUCCAGCCUUUUCCUGGCUACCUACGGGGCUGCCAUCUAUGGCGAUGUCGAGUCCAAGAUCGUGCAUUGCGAUACCAUUGUUGCCCGAGGAACCGAGACUGGCGAUGGCGGCGCUGUGUGCUUCAUGGAAAU